AAAUACAAUCAGUGCACUGUCGUACGAUCAUCUAGUGUAGUUGUUGAUUGUGGAGUAUGUAUAGCUAUUCCAACGUUUUCGUUAAACCGUAAUAUAAAAUAAUUUGUCAGAUUUUAAAAUACAUAAUUAUGUUUCAUUAGAAAUUGUUAAGAAUAAAGUGUCGGAACAAGGUUUUAUUCAGUGAACAAUAAAAAAAAGAAGCAAUCCUGGAGUUCGGACCCGUAAUAAAAAGGCGAAAGUGCGAAAGUGCUAGAGAUGUGGAUGGAAUGGAACCAAAAGAUCUUACCGCGCCUAGAUCGUUGUACUCGGGCGCACAAAUCAAAAUUAGCAACUCGCCGGCUACAUCGCCUACCGUAUCUCAUAAUAGCAAUUCACCGUCGCCAACACCGGUAGUACCGACUACCGGUUAUAACCACAAAAUAAUUACAGGCAUACCUUGUGUGGCAGCCGCUUCCAAAUUCACGGCUCCUGUUCAUAUCGACGUCGGCGGAACCAUUUAUACGUCUUCGUUGGAUACUCUUACCAAAAAUCCAGAUACAAAAUUGGCAAAAUUAUUUAAUGGUAGCAUACCUAUUGUGUUGGAUUCGUUAAAACAACAUUAUUUCAUAGACAGAGAUGGCAAAAUGUUCAGACAUAUUCUCAAUUUUAUGAGAAACUCAAAACUGUCUUUACCUGAGAACUUUACCGAUAUCGAUUUACUGUUGGAAGAAGCAAGAUAUUUUGAGAUAGCUGCUAUGUGCAAGCAGUUAGAAAACUUGAAACGCGAUCGAAUGAAAUCAGUUGUUAAUCGGACGAAUGGUUGGGAUUUGAAUGGUUCCGUCAGUCGACCCAACAGUAGCCUGUCCAACAACAAAGAACAAUACGAAUGCGUGUCCGUUCAUGUGAGCCCUGAUCUGGGGGAACGGGUUAUGUUGUCCGGCGAUCAUGCGGUUCUCGAUGAAGUUUUCCCGGAAACGGGACAUUCAGCGUUGGAACCAUCGGCAGGAAGACCGGCCGUUUCCUGGACUCCUGUAGAUUCUAGACACCUCGUCAGAUUCCCGUUAAACGGGUACUGCAAACUCAAUAGUGUACAAGCGAUAACCCGGUUACUAAACGCUGGUUUCACAGUAGCUGCCAGUACGGGCGGUGGUGUACACGGACAACAAUUUUCCGAGUACCUGUUCGUUCGUAAAAUGUCCACUUGACAACAAUUUCACUUAUAUUUUUAAGAAAAUAUUUACUUAUUGUUGUAGACAUCCUACGCGUUAUGAUUGUAAAUUAUUUUUGAUUUUUUUCAAGACCCGCGCGUCUUGGUUUGUUAACCCAAUUUAUAUGAUACUUUUAAUUAUGUGUAAAUGUAUAAUUAAUCAAUUUACAAUUUUGUAUCAAAGUUUAUAAUAUAUUGUUGCUUAUAAAUAAAAUUAAUUGGUACAACAUGAUU